GAUAUUACAAUGCUUCAAUUUAUAUUUAAUCUGAAAAUAUUUUUUUUAUAAUCGUCAAAUGGCAUCUAACAUAUUAUUAAUCAGACAAUAUACAAUACAAACAAGCUGGCUGAAAGCUCAGUUAACCUCGAAAAUAAAGUGACUUACCCAAACCUUGUCUGGAUAAAUACCAAUGAUUGGCUUAGCUUCAAAUUGUGAGUAUGAUGAGGAAUUGAACUGGGAAAUCACCAUGAAAACGUUGCAAGAUAUGAAGAUACUGAGAUUAGGGACACCGUGUGACAACAACAUAAAUAGCAUAAAAACAAAUGCAAACAAAUCAUAACAAAAACUCUGUUUUGGUGAAUGAACGACAUGGCAAAAAUGUAUAAACCACUUUUUUACUUGUUAACUCUUAUUAUCCUUACAUUAAUUGAAGUUUGUAAGUCAAAUCCGAUUGUAACAACAAAAUUUGGUCAAAUUAAAGGUUUUUCUGGUAAUUAUAGUGAUCAUAAUUACGAAUCCUUCUUGGGUAUUCCAUUUGCUGAGCCACCUUUGGGACAUUUACGCUUCCAAUUGCCACAACCAUUCAAUUCAACUUGGACAACACCAUAUGAAGCAGUGAAUUUUAAAGAUGGUUGUGUUCAAAAUCCUUCAAGUGCUUAUAAAUUCAACAUAAGUGAGGAUUGUUUGUAUCUGAAUCUAUGGAGACCCGAGUUGAGCAUUGAAAGUAAUGAUACAGAGCUGUUGCCUGUAUUUUAUUUCAUCCAUGGUUCUGGGUACACAUCUAGUUCAAGUGCAAAAGAGUCUAAUCAGGGUGAUGUAUUGGCUGCUACACAAAAGAUAAUUGUUGUCAACUCAAACUAUCGACUUGGAGCUUUUGGCUUUGCUCAUGGUUCUCAUACUUCAAUGCCUGGUAAUCUUGGCAUUUAUGAUACUUUGACGGUUCUUCGAUGGAUUCGUGAUAAUAUCAGAUCAUUUGGUGGAGAUCCUAAUCGUGUUACAUUAGCAGGACAAAGUUCUGGAUCCAAAGUAGUUUCAAUUUUAUCCACUCUACCCGAUAAAUUUGACUCACAAUCUCUAUUUUCCCGCCUAAUCAUGAUGAGUGGUUCAGCAACAAAGCAAAUUCAUGCUGAGAAUGUAUCAGUUGCCUUAGCAAAGACUCGUCUAUUAGCUUCAAAAGUGAACUGUUUGAGUCAAGUUGAUCAAUUGGAGUCAUCAGAUGAACUGUCAGAUGAAACUGUAGACUGUUUAAAAAAAUUAGACGCUAAGGAUUUAUUGAAAGCGCAAAAUUCAAAGGAUAUCACAGCAAUUGGUUGUUCAGAGAUCUCAGUAUUUUUACCAGUUUAUGGAACAGAUCUGUUACCAUAUCGACCAAUGAUAAAUCAUGCCAAACAAAUUGAAAGAAUCAAAGACAAACCCAUGUUGUUUGGGGCAGAACAAGAUGAAGCCUCAAUGUUUUCAUCGGUUGACGGCAUCUUUACUCUAAAUGAUGCUUAUGAGUUUACUAAGAAGCGUAUCUCAUUCGCAAUCAAAAACAUAAAACCUGAUAAGAUUGAUUCCAUUUAUAAAUUUUACUUCAAUGGUACUGAUCCUUCUAGUCCUUACGAUAUAAGAUCAAGAUGUGUUAAACUGUGUUCCGAUAUGAAUUAUCAUUGUCCAUCAUUGAUAUUAGCUGAAUUUUUGUCCCAGAAAAAUGCAGAUAUUCAUUUCUAUCUUAAUAGUUAUGUUGGUGAAAAGUUGGCCGAGAAUGCUGGAAGAUUAUAUGGGACAAAGCAUGGUGAUGAUGUCAAAUUUGGAUUAGGAAGUCCAAUAAGACAAUACAACUUGUACACGCCAAAUGAUAGAAGGUUCAGCCAGUUGUUUCUCGAUCUGUUUGGUACUUUCGCUAAAGGUUUCCAUUUGAUUGGUUGGCCAUCCAUCACAAUAAACAUGAACGAUUAUGAAUCUCUACAAAUCAUUAAAAAUUUGAACUUGCCUCCUACCAAUAUAGUCGAUCAUGGUCAACAAAUCUGUAUAAAAUGGGCAGAAUUAUUCAGUUAGUUAAUUUCACAGGAGAUUACUGAUUAAAAUGUAACGACUUGCAUUCAAAUAAUUGUAAGAUUUCUUAUGUCAUUUAUCAUGUCACUGUUCAAAUAAAAAUUAAAAGAUUAACUUUUU